AUAUGUCCAGAGAAGCCCUACCGGUGCCCCGUCUGCGGGCGGGGCUUCGGCCAGAGCUCCGGCCUCACCCGCCACCGGAGGACCCACACGGGCGAGAAGCCCUCCGGCUGCCCCGAGUGCGGGAAGGGGCUCGGACAGAGCUCAGACCUCGCGGAGCACCGCCGCACCCACACGGGCGAGAGGCCGGACGCCUGCGGGGACUGCGGGCGGAGCUUCGCCCGGCCUUCCAACCUCGUGGACCACCGCCGCGCCCACGGGCCCAAGCGGCCCUUCCGCUGCCUCGAGUGCGGGAAGGGCUUUCAGCGGAGCGCCAGCCUGAGCCGCCACCGGAAAACCCACACGGGAGAGAAGCCGUACAAGUGCCCGGAGUGCGGGAACGGCUUCAGCCAGAGCUCCAACCUCCUCACCCACCAGCGGAGCCACACCCCGGAGAAGCCGUACGGGUGCCCCGAAUGCGGCAGGAGCUUCAACCGGGCUUCCAACCUCCUCCAGCACCGCCAAACCCACGCGCCCGACAGACCCUAUAGAUGCCCCCGCUGUGACAAGGCCUUUAGUCGCAGCUCAAACCUCCUGAUCCACCAGGGCGUUCACACGGGGGACAGACCCUACAGGUGUCCCCACUGCGGGAAAGGUUUCGGGUCCGGCUCCAACCUGAUCCAGCAUCUGGAAACCCACCCCGACGGAAAAGCUUAA